AUGGCGUCCAAGCUCACGUUGAUGCGGCGCCUGGCGCUGCAGCAGGCGCGGUCGCUACUAUACGAGCUGCCGUGCUUCAUGCUGCUGGAGCUGCCGGGGCGGCCGCACGUCGUGUACGAGCUGCGGGACUACUCGCAGCAGGACGCGGAGGCGGGGUCGGAGGUGGCGCGCCACGACCUGCCCUUCCUCUUCAGGCCCUUCGAGGUGGGCCAGGCGCCGCCGCCCAAGGAGCGCGGCGGGCUGGAGGCGCCGCGGGACUCCACCAUCCAUGAGUACCUCAACUGGACGGUUACGGCUCAGGCGCUGGUGCGGGAGGACAACCUGACGACGCGUCCUGACACCCGGCCGCGCCGACAGGACUUCACCGGCUUCCGCGUGAUCGUCCUCCUGCCCCGCCUGAGGCCCGGCUGGCCGGCGCCAGGCGCCUACGAGACCGAGCAGCCCAAGCCCUGCGAGGAGCUGGGCGGACCCAAGAACCCGCUGCCCGGCCUGCUGACCAACGGCAAGGCCGUCUGCGCCGCCACCAUCCGCUGCGGCCGCGGCUACAUUGAGAUCCCGUUCUUCGCGACCAAGGAGUCGCGCCGCGGGCGGGGAUUCGGUCGGUGCCUGCUGGAGGCCAUCGAGGAGGUGGCGCGCGUGGUGGGCGUGUCAAAACUCCUGCUCUGCUCCACGGACGACGCGGGCACGAUCGCCACGUGGCGCCACCUGGGCUUCCGGGAGACCGGCGACGGCGAGCUGAUGGGGUGGGGCAUCUGCUGGGGCGACCUGCUGCACAUGACCAACACCACGCAGAUGGUCAAGAUCCUGGACCCCCCCAAGCGGUGGAAGAGCCUGGUGGUGCGCCAUCAGCACUUCGCGCAGCGGGCGUACUACCCGGGCGCGGAGCCGGCGCCGCGGGUGGGAUGGAAGCGGAGGAUAGAGCAGAGGGACAUGGGCGCCGACGAGGAGGAGGAGGAGGAGGAAGAGAAGGAGGGGGAGGGGGGUGCCGACGAAACGGACGGGGCUGCCGGCGGGGAGGAGAACGGGGGCACGGGGGAGGGCGAGAUCAGCCCGCGGCGGUCCAAGACAUCCAACACGAACAGCUGA